CAUGCCUCCGCAGCAACACGGAGUGCUGACAAACCGAUUCCAAGCCGGUACUGACAGGAAGUAUCGCUCAGGAAGUCAAAGUCGCUACUGCAACAAAAAAAACUUGUCGACAUAGUUAAACAGUAGACAUACAGUAAGACAUAUCUAUACAAAUUGGACUACUCUGUUUUCUAACCAGUUUGCUAGCUAGCUUCUAGCGAUGGACAAGCUUCGUCGUGUGCUAAGCGGCCAGGAGGAAAAUGAGGAGCUGGGUCUCACUGCACAGGUCCUUGAUGCCAGCACUCUUAGCUACAGCACCAGGGUGAAGUGGUUCGUCAUAUGCUUUGCUGGAGGCAUCCUGUGUUCAAUACUUGGCUCAGCAUUGUUGUUCCUUCCAGGCGGAGUCAAGCUUUUCGCUGUCUUCUACACACUAGGGAAUUUGGCUGCUCUUGCCAGCACCUGCUUCCUAAUGGGACCGUUAAAACAGCUGAAGCGCAUGUUUGAACCAACAAGACUGAUAGCCACCAUUGUUAUGCUGCUCUGCCUUGUCUUAACACUUUGUGCAGUAUUUUGGUGGCAUAAAAGGGGACUGGCUAUCAUCUUCUGUAUUCUGCAGUUUUUGGCAAUGACAUGGUAUAGCAUCUCUUACAUUCCAUUUGCCAGGGAUGCUGUGAUGAAAUGCUUCACAACCUGUCUGAGUUAGGACUCUGGAGUCCACAAUUCAAUGUGAAGACUGGUCCUGAAAUGCAAACUGCAAGAACAAUGGCUCUGUAAAAUAUAAAUCCUAUGUUGUUUAUACACUAUAUCUCCAAAUUUUUACUGUGGCUUUUUCCUACUGUGAAUUUUCGCUUAUUAGGUCUAGCAGAAGGUCUGUAACAAUAAUCAGAUUGUAACACUCAUCAGUCUUUUGCUUUUGAUGAGAGAAAUGAGUGCUUAAUAUAUUUAAGAUAUUCCAAUGUUUUCCAAGGAUUUUAUACAGUUUAAAUGCAGGGAAAGUGCCUUAACAUUGUGUUAUUAUAUAAUAUAUAUAUAUAUAUAUAUUAUAUAUAUAUAAAGAGAUCUGUUUACACAUUGACCACCCAUACAUAUUUACAGCUUUAACAGUGUGAAAUUCUAUUUUCUUCUGGAUUUGUAAAUGGUGUUCUGACUUCUUACACACAAACAUUAUUAAAACACAUGGUCUUCCUGUUUUCAGUCUGUGUAUGAGGCACUGAUGUAUAGAGAGGCUCUCAGAUGUUAUUCCAUGUUUAUAUAUGAUAAUUUUCCCUGAGGCAGUUGAGGCACUGCUUCACCGAUGGUGCACUGGGAUGUAUGAUAUCCACUGCUCUUUUGAGGUUUCUCCAGCUAAGCUAAAGAGAUUAAAAACAAAAAACAGGUCCUAUUAGUCUUCAAUAUGUAUUUGAACACCCCCACCCACCCCGCCAGCUCAACAAAUUACAUUAAAAUUACUCUUUUUAAAAAAAAAAAAAAAAAAAGAGAUUUCCUGCCAGAUGUAGCAGUGAAGCAGUUAAUUACGCUCUUCUGAGCAUUGUGAUUUUGACGUGACCUAAUAACCCAGUAUAGCUUGCAUUCGGUUCCCUAUAUUGCUUUGGCAUCGUGGCGUAGCCUUUGAGAAUGUGGUUGUCAUGACAACCGCCUCUGGGAAGAUUCAUAACCUCUGCCUACCCCCAUCUGUGGUGCAGAUGUGUACAUUAUCCUGAUGAGAAGGUGUGUUUUAUUUCAUGACGCACGUUGGACUGGCAGUCAGUUAGGAAUAUAUCACCAGAUUUUGGUUUACACUGGUAAUAUAUAUAUAUAUAUAUAUAUAUAUAUAUAUUAGUCUCUGCAUACCAAAACUCUAGUGCCUCCUAUCAUCCCAUGCAUCAACUGCAGAAUUUGACCAGAAACGUGCCUUAGGGUUUUCUUUGUACUUGAUGUGACUAAAUAACCGCUUUUUACUUCCUGUUGUGCAGCACCCACACGGUUUCUUUAGAGGCUUGUAUAAUGUUGUGGUGGAUUAACACAGACACAAUCUCCCUUUAGCACUACUUGUUCAGCUAACUUGGUGGAGACCCUGUAAAUCCCUCUCAAAGUAAUCUUAGGGAUAAAAUCAUUCCAUCGAAUGAAGGGACUGUGGUUGUUUUUGUGAUCCGUUUUCUUUACCCGCCAUUUUUGGAUUACGCCAAAGUUAAAGGAUGAAGGGGAAAUACCCUGACCUUGGCAAUCUGUUAGUGUCCCAACUGCUUCCUCUUCAUUACAUCUAAUCCAUUCUUAUGUCAGAGAGAAGAGGGCUCCCACGCCACAACAGCCACUGAAAUUAAACAAGUCUGUGUCCCCUGUUCAGCCUCAUGAUCCAGCUCAUCUGGUACAGAUGAAUAAAUAACCUGGCCUGUUUUGGUAUGGGUAAUUUCUAUGCCAUUUAUUAACACAACAAGUUGUAUGGUUGGCCUAACGUAGAAUGCAGAGUGAAUUAAAAUAAUCAACAUAAUUCUGGUCAAAAAAACUGUCCUGCUGGUUUUGCAGUGUAAUAUCCUGUUCCAUUUUCUACUUGUUACAUAUAGGAUUAGAUCAAUCUGAAGAUAUGAAAUUACUCUUAAAUGUCAUGUGAUAUGGUAAUCAUAAGAGCAACAACAUAUCAGUUCAUGACUCCAUGGAAAAAUGUUAAACAAAUUGUGAAAUAUGAGCAUCCUCAGGCAAUAUCAAAUAAACAGUCUAAAAACUA